AUGAAUACUGAGCAGAGUGUACCUUCGUCCCACCCACUGCCGCCCGGUACUACUGCCGCUGUCGCGUCUACGACACAGCUGCAUUCCAACCGCGCAAGCCCGUUUCUCCCCACCAACACCAACACCGACAAGGGAGGCAUGGCCGCCACUGGCUUCAUGCCCGCGUCUCAGGCCUUCCGGCCGACUCCGCCGGCGCAGUCGCCCUACCCGCUCAACAUGUCGGCCGCCUACCUGUUCGAGCGCGAGCCGCUCAAGCCCAUCGGCGCCCCCUUCUCGAAGUCGCCCUCGCCCAUGGUCCGCGUCCUCAUUCGCCGUCUGCCGCUCAAUACGUCGGAAGAGUCACUGCGCCUCAUGGUGGUAUGGUCAAAGGAGCUCGCCGACGUCGAGCUGCUACCCGUGGAGAAGUCCGAAGACGAAGGGUUCCGAUCUGCCCUACUCCGCUUUCGAAGCAUGGCCGGCGCCAUGGAAGCCAAGAACAUGUUGGACGGUCGAUCAAACAUCUCCAAGGAUGCCGAAAUGAUUGUGGAAAUCUUGUCGUCGAGCCCUAUUGCUGCCCGCCGCCAUGUCACUGAGGCUCCGUCUUCGACCUCGACGUCCUCCACGGCGUCCUCCGGCCCGGGCUCGCGGCAGCCCUCGCGUUUCAACGGCAUGUUCCCACCUGUUGACAAGCUGUCGCCGACUGCCGGUGGCGCGUUUCCGACGCAGCACGACUUCCUGAACGCAGAUCCCGGUGCCAACUACCAGAGCAUCUUCUCGGCCCAGUCCCCCAUUGGGAACCACUUGUCUGAUCGCACUCGCAUCUCGGGAAAGUCUCUCAUCAACAACGACUUUGGCGACGAUGAUGAGACCAGUGACUUGCUCAAGGACCCUGUGGCCUACGCAGAGAGCGGUUCCAACUCCCAGAGGAGGGCAACCGCGCCACAGAUUCCCAUCGGCCGCAUGGCAAACUUGUCGCUCAAUACUGGCGGCGGCAGUAAUGCGCCAGGCCCGUCAUCGCUUCCCCAGUAUAUGAGCCCGAUAUCGCCAAUCAACGGCGGCCCGGGUCCCGGGCUUGGAUACCCGACCGGCGGCCACAGCUAUCAGCCAAGGCACAACUUCCCACCAGUCAAUCCGGCCGAUCAGAACCCGCCCUGCAACACGCUUUACGUCGGAAACCUGCCCAUCGAUACUUCGGAAGAAGAGCUGAAGGCUAUGUUUUCCAAGCAGCGGGGCUACAAGAGACUCUGUUUCCGCACGAAGCAGAAUGGCCCGAUGUGCUUUGUUGAAUUCGAGGACAUUUCGUUUGCGACAAAGGCGCUUCACGAACUAUAUGGCCAUCCGCUGCAUAACAGCGUCAAGGGAGGCAUCCGCCUAAGCUUUUCCAAGAACCCCCUGGGCGUUCGAUCGGGGCAGGCCCCUGGCCAAAGCUCGUCCAACUCCAUGAACGGCAUGAACGGAAUGGUCAACGCCAACAACAACGGGUUUACGACGGCGCACGGUCCGCCUCCGGGUCUCUCUGCCCCGCCCGGCCUCGGUUCGGGCGGCCGCGGAAAUUUCAAUGUGGCAGCGUCCAUGAACACAGGUGGAAGUCAUCAGCAUCACAUGCCUGCCAGUUUCCAAGCUACACCCAAUCAUCCCUGGAACACUCCAAUCUACAGCAACGGGGUGGCGACCGGACCCAGCGGCCCCGGCCAGUCCAACUCGAGUUAUCUUCCUCGACAUAUGAUGGGUAGAUAG